AAAACAACGUGGAGCGUAUUACUCUUUUCGUAAAUCUACACCUUUACCUCCUAAAAAUGCACAGCACUACCUGUACCUCCACGACCACCUGAGAAAACCAAACCUUUGAAAGUUAAAACAAAUAAUAUGGCGGAGGUCUCCUCCUACCUUAACCUCCUCGACUCAGAACCCAACGACGACCCUCACCAAACCCUAACAACCCUAGACUCCCUCCCCUACUGGUCUAACCUUUCCGACCACCUCUUCUCCUCCGAUCCCCAAUUUCCUCGGAACGAUCUCUACCCAACCCGCAGAUCAACGGUCCUGAUUCGAUCCCUUGAAGAGGACGACGCCGUUUCCGACAUAGAUUCGAUUGCCAACGCUGCCGACCUCUACGGCCGCGAGAACCAGGUGAAUUUCGUGAUGGAUCUGUUCCAGCAACGCGUCGAGCAGUCCCAGGUAAUGGGUGACGCCCAUUUGGUGGGCGAAGCCCUUAGCGAUUCAGUUUUUGGGGUUAUUGAGGGGAAUCUCGAUGUGGGUAUUGAUGGGUUGGAGCUCGAUUUAGGGCUAGGGCUAGAUUUAGGGUUUGGGGUAGAGAGACAUUGUUUGGAUGGGGACGAGAACGAUAAUUGUGGUUUUAUGGUUGAAAACUGUGGUGGUGGGGGUGGUGCCGCUUCCACUGCUUAUGAUGAUGAUGAUGAUGGAUUUUUUGUGGGGCGGAGGGUUUCGAGGUCUGAAUCCGGUGAGCCACGGUCCACGGUGUGCGCGGCGGAACGCGUUUGGCUUGCUGGGUUCGGAUCCGAUGAUUCAGACGAGGAUGAGAACGACCUCGUUUUGGGGAUUGAUUUGCAAUCGGAGAACGAUGAUUAUUAUGGUGAGUUGGAUCAUGUACUUGAGGGUGAUAAUGACGAUGAUACAAGCGUGAACGUUCCUCUCUGUUGGGAUUCUUUUCAAUUGGAGAAUCACAGGGAGGCCAAUGAAGACUUCGAGUGGGAGGAAGUGGACGGUCGGGUCGAUGAGAGAGAGUUUCUUAGCAUGUUCGUCGAAGCUGAGGAUGAGAGAUCAGUCUCGGUCUUGGUUUCACAGGUAAUUGGUCCCGAAGAGGAAGGGAGUGUAGUGAGAGUUGGAGGGUUGGAGAAUCUGGGGUGGGAAGUUUUGUUGAAUGCUAACAAUUUGGAGACGAACCCGGGAUUGGAUGAUGAUGGUGAACCUUAUUUUGGUGAUCAUGAGGAUUAUAUUCAUAAUGCGGAUGCGGAGUAUGAGAUGUUGUUUGGGCAAUUUGCUGAUUAUGAUAUAACAGGAAAGCCUCCGGCUUCCAAAUCUGUGGUUCAGAAUUUGCCCUGGGUGGUUAUGACUCAGGAGGAUGUCGACAAUAACAAUGCGCUUUGUGCAGUUUGUAAGGAUGACAUGAAUGUUGGGGAACAAGGUAAGCUGUUACCCUGUGCCCAUCGAUACCACCGUGACUGCAUUGUACCGUGGCUGGGGAUUAGGAAUACAUGCCCUGUUUGUCGGUAUGAAUUGCCCACGGAUGAUGCUGAUUAUGAGCGUAGGAGGGCACAAAGGGCUAGCCGUGGCGCAUGAUGGUAAAUUAUUGUCAAAUUUGAUUUUGAAAAUCUUUUUCAUUGAGCAUUAGGUUGUUAAAAAUGUAGAUAUUGUUUUGGAAAGAGUCCAUUUCUCUUUGUGAGGAUAAUGAGAUUCUUGACUACUUUUUGUGUUUUGAUUAGUGUAUAAGAGUGUUUAUUGCUGAAUUGUACUUUUUUGGGUUGUUCGUAUUAAUCAAUUUCAAUAAGUUAUGCA